AUGAUGGUUUCGGUGAAGAUCUUCACGAGAGACCCACCGAGCGAUGGACGGGCGUGCGAACGGUGUCGAGGGCGCGGGGUCGUGCCGUGCGCGGUGUGCUCGGGCGAGGGGUGUUUGGGGGGACGGGCGAGGAUUUUAGGGCCCGGGGUGUGGCCGAGGUGGUGCGCGGAGUGUCGCGCGAGCGGCGCGAGCGGGUGCGGCGAUUGUUACGGGACGGGCAAGUAUCGCGAACCGAUCGGGUUCAGGCUCUGA